AUGACAACCAUUCUACUUAUUGUGUUACUUUCUUUAUCACGGAACAUUGAUUCUCAAUUAAUUCCAUUGAGAUUCGAUUUAAUAAUUGACCAUUUACAUCAAUACCAAAAUCUUUCGUUCUUUCAUUUGGGUAAAGAUGUGCAGUACCAUUUGCUGCCUGAUCAAAUGUUAGAAUAUACGUCUUUGUUUCUAAUGGACAACACGACUAGUCCAUGUGACCGAGAUUUUGAAUUGAUUCUUCGAAGUGCCAUUGAAAAGGAAAUCUGGGCGAUGAAAGUUCUCGAUGCUUGGGGAAAACCAUUGCCCUCUGGUUUUCUCAAGGGAAACACCUAUUGGAUAGGCAACUACGAUGAAUGUGUGCAACUCAUGUAUAAUUCAGUAAAUAAGUCUUUCAUACCUCAACCGUUCAAAACGCAACAUUGUACUUUCUCGCCAAAAGUGCCAUUGACUUUUGGUAUUUGCGUUCCAUCGUCAUGCAACCGACAAGGAGUUGUCUCUUUAAUUAAUACAUUAUUUAAAAACAUGAGUAUUGCGACGAAUAAUCUUGUCUGUUCAAAUGAUCUACCGAAUGGACAAAAAGGUUUUACCAAUGGAGCCAUAGCAACUAUCAUUAUUCUUUCACUUCUAUGUUCACUUGUUCUUCUUGGAACAAUCGUGGAUCUUAUUUCGAUGUCGAAAAUGAGCAUGAGUUAUCAUUUGAUUGAUAAUACCGAAAUGAAUAUUCAAUCCAAGUCACGGCUGAUAUUUUUUUCUGAAUUUUCUGCAAUGAAAUCAAUUCGUCGAAUCUUUACACUUGAAGAAAAAUCCUCCGACAACAGAAAUGAAUCAUUCGUAUUUAUUAAUGGUAUUCGAGUAUUAUCUUUGUUUUUGAUAAUUAUGGCUCAUUCUUUACUUUUCGGUUUGUCCUAUACAAGUAACAUGAUCGAUGUUAUGGUGGCAAAACGUAGUAUAUUUUUCCAAUUGAUAUCCAGUGCUCAAUAUAGUGUUGAUACAUUCUUUGUUCUAAGUGGAUUUUUGACUGCAAUCUCAUUUAUUCGUCAAGUGGAAAAGGAGAAGAAACUUUCGUUUCGAUUGAUGAUUCUUUAUUAUAUUCAUCGAUAUAUUCGAUUAACACCAACAUUUCUUUUGGUGGUCCUUAUCAGUAUCAAUCUAACACCGUAUUUUGGAAAUGGGCCAAUGUAUCCAGUUGAACAAGGAUUUGAAUCGAAAGGUUGCCGAACACAAACUUGGUGGACAUCACUUGUUUAUCUAGGCAAUCUAGUACGACCUGAUGAGAUGUGUCUGAAUAUUGCAUGGUAUCUUCAUAAUGAUAUGCAAUUUCAUUGGAUAGCGCCAUUAACUUUAAUUCCAUUUAUUCACGGACGAAAGUUUCUAUCAUUUUUAAUUGCUGUCGCUUUUAUUUUCAUUACGAUUAUCUCAACAUUAUCGAUUCUUCUGUAUUAUCCAAAUAUGUCACUCAAUGAGCCAACUGGUAGAGCACAUAAUGAUGGGCCGAGUUUUUAUAGUACCAUUUAUAUUAAGCCCUGGUGCCGUAUAUCUGCAUAUGCUAUUGGACUUCUCACUGGAUACACUACUGUCAUAACCGGUCGGCAAUAUCAAAUGAAGAAACGCUAUCAACUGCUCGGAACCAUUAUUAGUCUGGCUUUUAUUUCCAUAUGUCUCUUUGCGUCUUAUCCUGACAGCAUUCAUGUACCUGGUCUAAGUCGAUCCGAGAGUGUUACAUAUGUGACUUUCUCACGGACCCUCUGGUCAAUUGCUAUUGGUUGGUUAUUAUUUCUAUGUAGUACAAAUCAAGGUGGAAUAGUCAAUAAGAUUCUUUCUUGGCCCAUAUGGUUUCCAUUUGCACGACUUAAUUAUUCAUGUUAUUUGAUUCAUGCGACAAUUAUUUAUAUGAUGAUAUUCAAUCAGACUCGCCCUUUCUAUUAUCAAGGGUAUCUUUUUAUGAACAAUUUUAUUGCGCAGAUAUUUCUCAGUUACUUUGCAGCUAUUUUUGUAUCGACUUUUUUCGAAACACCAUUUUUUAUUAUCGAGAAGAAACUAUUUAAACGUUAA